CGGGAAUUCAGCUUCGCGAACGAGGAAUACUGACGGCCUGCGCUUAGUUUUCUCAAAAAAGUUUAUACGGGUUUUGCUUGAAAGUCCUUAUUUUUUUUUAAGUGUGUGAGCGCAGCCUCGGCUCCAGUGAGUGAUGGUGAGUGAAUGCCGAAGGGGAGGCACGCUGGGGCGGUGGGAUAGGGGGUGUUUGAACGCCGAGCCGACGGGCGGGCUUCUGCUGGGGUACGUAGUGCCUUGAGGGGGAACCCAGCGGGCAGCGGAGCGGAGAGUGGAGCAGUAACUUUUUCGGCUUAUUCUUGGGGUGAGAAACGGGAAUGCCCUCAGCUGGAGCACUGUUCGCUUGUAACGCGGUGGCGGGGCUGAACCCCUGAGGGCUACUACCAUUAUAACUAUCUUGAAGGCUUUAGCACCUUACGAGGUGAGCGGUUAAGGUGGAGGGAGUACCGCUAUUAAAAGGCCGGGGGCUUCUGCAGGGGAACAUCUGGCUCGUACCUGUCGGCGAUACGGGGUGCGUGUGUGGGUGCUUGGCGUCGGAACACGCUUCACACCCUCGAGCGGCCAUUUUGUGACGGCGCUAAAGUAGCGCCGUCCCGCACGGCUGGGCGGGUGCUCCGCCACCUGCCCGUGGCGGUGCACCCGCUGCGCGUAGGCUCCGGCAGGGCCCUUUGUCUGGGGCUUGGGAAUAGCUUUCCAUGUCCUCAGGCGCCAAACCGUCCCGCCUACGCCCCGUCGGCGCUGAGCUGCCGAAGUGUGACGUAAAAUGGCGGCGGCACCACGAGCGGCGCCUCGCCUGCCCGAGGUCCUACGUCCCUCCCUGCUGGAGCAAAGGCCCGGCGUCGCCCGGAGUGCCGCGGGCUCUUCGGCCCGCACCGGCAUGCUGCUUGCUGUUUGUUCUUUCUAUGUGAGGAACUUGCUUUGCGACUGUAGCGCUGACGCUUCAGACACUAUACGAGCAGCACAUGUGGAGACCCAGCGUUCAAGUGCCACGGAGGGCAGUGCCUAUUCAGCAACAGUCAGUCAGGGCUAUGUUUUACCAGAAGGAAAAGUCAUGCCCAACACUGUCUUUGUUGGUGGGAUUGACAUAAGGAUGAAUGAAGCAGAAAUUCGGAGUGUCUUUGAACAGUAUGGUACUGUGAAGGAGGUGAAGGUCAUCACUGACAGAACUGGUGUUUCAAAGGGGUAUGGAUUUGUGUCUUUCCUGGACAAUGUGGAUGUUCAAAAGAUAGUUGAGUCACAAAUCAACUUCCACGGUAAAAAGCUGAAACUGGGGCCAGCAAUCAGAAAACAACAAAAUUUCAAUUCCUGUGUGCAGCCCAGACAAAUAGUUCUUGGUCCUCCUCCACCACAGUUCCAGAGCGUGUGGGGCAAUCAGAGUAUGGAGACGUAUGUGCAGCCUCCAGCUGUCAUGAACCCAGUAACAUCCUAUGUUCAGCCCUAUCCCUACAGUUCAUCACCAGCUGUACUGCUAAAGCAGCAAGUUCCCAUAGGAUAUCAACCUGCUUACAACUAUCAGGCUCAACCACAGUGGCUUGCUGGGGAGCCAAGAAAUUAUGUAAUACCUCCAACUCCGGUGUAUACUUCAGUGAACUAUCAUGGCUCUGAGGAUCCAGGAUUUAUACAGAUGGAAUGUGCUGUUCCAGAGCCCACGCAGUUGCCUAACAGCCCACAAAAGAAGUCUGUGGACAGGGGCAUGCAAACAGUACUAUCCUGUCUGUCUAGUCCUGAGAACCAGCUGACAAAUGACUUUGUAUCACAAGACAGCAAUGCAAAGGAGGGUAAGACAUACCACUUCAGAAAAGGAAAGGCAGUACACAAAGCCAUUUGAUCAACAAAGACUUCAAAGUAUCUAAAUUAACUAGAUGGUACUGCAGUUCAAUUUAGCUGCACAGAAUGUAACAUUUCUGAAAGUUACUUCAGGUUAUGUUUGUACUCCUGUUCUACAUGUUUUGAUACUGUUGUUGUUGCUUGAGUAGUUUGAAGUUCGAAGUUGUAAGAGUUGACAAACUUCAGUGUUACUGUUUGUGUGCUUCCCCUGAUAACUGACUGGAAUGUUAGAGAGUUUAUAUGUUUCCUUUAUGUGGAUUUUUCUCUGAGCUUUAAGGUACAGUUUGCAUAUUACAUGUUGUUUUUCAUGGUUUUUCGUUAACUACCACUUGACUCAUUGACCAGUUAACUCCUGCAGUUCAAAAAUGGAAGUAGUUAUUUGCCCAAGAGAACGUGUUUUAAGACUGAGCUUUUAAAUCAGUGCAAAGGAAGAUGAGAAGUUGUAACUGAGCUGAAGCCCUGUAAGUCCUGCUUGCCUUUAGACGACAUAAUCAAUGUGAUUAUGUUCAUUGAUGGCAGUCUGUGUACCUGCAGUCUUGAGCAUCACUAUUAUUUUUGGGUAAGUAAUGAAGAGAAUCCGAAAAUUCCUGUCUGUAACUUAAAAUACAAGAAUGUUAUCUGUAUUGGACGCUCAGUCAGCCAAUACAAGGUUUUUUACUUGAAAAAUCUUAACAAUACCUGUAUUUUAAACUUCUGAGAAAAUACCGCACUUAUAUAAACCUUUGUUAUGUGAUGCUAACUGUUAAUCAAAGAAUAUGUGUAUGACUGUUUUAAUAAUCAUGUAGAUUUUAGGUGUGUAUUGUGAAACAGUGAAAUAAAUUUUUACUUUGCCUUGGUUUCCUAGA